CGUUUCUGACAUAAAUAGCUUCCUAUUAGCAAAAACACUAACUUAGAAAGAAUUUUUAAAACUCGAUAUGUCGUUACUAUAACGCUAUAACUGAAAUAUACCUCCCAAUUCGAUAGCAAGUAUUGCAAUGAAAAAAUUGUCAUGAAUGAAAAAUUUCGAGGACAACAGAGUCCCUUGAACCGCCGUCGUUGCCUUUAGCGCUACGCGCUACGUUGUAAUCAAAAUCUAGUGUCAAAAAAAAAGUAAUUUCAUCCAAGACAAGCGAUCGAUCAGGUUCCUUCAUCUAGAGGAAAAGAUAGAGGAAAAUUCGGCUUCUAAUUAUCGCUUAGUGAUUUCGCUAUAUCGUGGUCAACUUCCGAGGCCCGAGGUUGCCGGUGGUGAAGAUUUUAAGGCGGUCCCCAGCAGCUGAUUUUCAAAGAUGGCCGGUUUUCUACAAUCCGUGGUGCGUGAUACAAACAAAUAGUCUCUGAAGGUGCGCUGAGUUCGCGAAUCCCUGGGAGGACAAGGAGUAAUGAUGUGAAAGAAACGAAAAUAGUAAGUCUCAUCGAGAAGAUGGCUUACGAUCCACGAAAUGUGAAAUACCCCUCGGAAAUUCACUCUCAACAUCCACAAUCUAACAACAUGACCGGAUACGCCUAUCCUGGUCAUCAGGAACAACAUAAUCAACAAAAUGAUGAAAACAGAAAUGAAAACGACUGUGGGAAUAAGGAAAUAUGCCCUCCAAGUUCUCACCAGUCGUCUGGAACCCAAACUGUUCAAAAAGUAGAUGCAUCUACUAUGACAGAUCCUUUGCAAAUAGAUUUUAGACUGACUUCCGAAUAUUUGGCUGCACGUUGCUCAAGCACUCUUGGAAUUCCUUACGUAUCCAAAUAUGAUGAUAGUAGUAGCAAUAACUCGUCUCAUAAUUGUCAGGAAGUUCGACCCAAGAUUGAAUAUGAAGUCGAACCACAACACAUCAAUGGAAUGUUGAUCUAUCAUUGCCCAGAGUGCGCCUACAGAUUCGAAGACCGCGAAACGCUUCAUGAGCAUUUGGAAGAUCACAGACAAAGGCCACACAUCUGCGAUAUUUGUGGGGCAAGUCUAAAACGCAAAGAGCAUCUAGAUCGUCACAAACAAGGUCACAAUAAAGACAGACCAUAUCAAUGCAGUAUGUGUUGCAAGGCAUUCAAACGCAACGAGCAUUUGGCUCGACACAUGAUAAUUCAUUCUGGUAGCAAAAAUCAGGUCUGCACCGAGUGUGGAAAGGCUUUUUACAGAAAGGAUCAUCUCAAGAAACAUCUGCAAAGUCACAGCAAUAGUAACAGGAACAAAAAUGUCAGCAACUCUCAAAACCCACCAAGUGGACAAAACACCAACGAGGAGGGUCUGAGCAGCUUCGCUUUGAUGAUGAGACAGGCUGGACCGCCUCCUUUUUCUAUCCUUAGAACCUAAACACUUCAAAAAGCUGAUCGAAAAGCCGAAAUCGCGUUUAUCAAACUUCUCCAAUACUAGAUAAACCCUAAGUUUGAUAAUUCGCGUAUCGUAGGGAUUUCUCGCAUUUUUUCCACUUUAGGAAUCGUUCAUUUAACACAAAGUUUCAUUUCGAUCAAAUAAUUAGUUUUCCAGGCACAGAAGCUGGAAAGCUUAGUUAUUUAAUGAAUCAAAAAGCAGAUAAAUUUAAAUACUUUAAAUCUUUGUAAGUUAUUUAUAUUUAUUAGGUCUAUACAAAAUUAAUUCGGUGUCUUUACUUUGAUGUAUUGUAACUCUUGGUCAAACAUUAAGUUUUUUCCGUGCUUAGGUAGUUUUAAAGGGCGAAGCUUAAACUUUAAAACACAAUCUAAUAGGUGGCGGCCCUGCGGACUUAACCUACAGAAUCUUUAGUGAAUGCCAUG